AUGUCUAACUUGUUAAUUUUAUUGGCUCGGAUUAUUUUCGUGACAUUCUGGAGUCAUUCAAAAAACUGGUGUUUACUUACUGAAUAUUAUUUUGGAAAAAUAAUUUGCCUAACUAUGUCACGUAUGAAUCACAGUCAACAAGUAGAGAUUCCGACAAGAUUAUCUGUGAAACAGAAUCAGUCGAUCGCUCAUCACGUUCAAACAUGUUUUUUUUGA